CUCUUUGAGACAGGCUUGGACGAUUUUGUGCAGUUUCGUGUGCAACUACCGAGCUUGGCAGCUUGCGAGAAGGGAAAACCGACGCUUCCAAGAUUGCUGAUCUUUCCUGCAUUUUCCAACUGUUUUUAAAUCAUUUUAAAGCGUAUCGGAAGUUUAAUACAAACGGGAACUAACGCGCUUCAGUGUUUGGACCUUUUGUGGAGGAGCAAGGUGCAGUUUUGAAUUGAAAGGCAGGCGCAACGUUAGCGAGCUGGCGUAGAGACGAGAACCAGGGCUACGCAGCGAGUCGGUCAGCCAGGGAGAGCCGGGAGGACCACGGCACAGCCGCCGCCAGCGCCACGGGGAGUCGGGGCCCGAGAGGGAGCCUGCCAGGCCCUCGGCUUGAUGCACCCUGCCUGCCUCGCCUUAGCCACAGUCCGAGAUGGGGGAGACCAAAAUUAUCUACCACCUCGACGACCAGGAGACACCAUAUCUGGUUAAACUGUCUGUGCCGGCGGACAAAGUCACUCUGGCAGACUUCAAAAACGUCCUCAAGAAGCCAAAUUACAAAUUCUUCUUCAAAUCUAUGGACGAUGACUUCGGGGUGGUAAAGGAGGAAAUAUCUGACGACAACGCAAAGCUGCCCUGCUUUAAUGGACGUGUGGUGUCAUGGCUGGUCUCUGGAGACGGAGCCCACACAGACGCAGGCUCAGUGGCAGACAGUUUAGAGCAGGCACCCCCUUUGGAGAGGACCGGGGGCAUCGGAGACUCCAGACCACCAUCCUACCAUGGGAAAGCAGCGAGCGGUCGGGACAGUUUGGACAACGACACAGAGACUGGCUCCAUGGUGUCGCAGAGGAGAGAGAGGGAGAGGCCGCGACGGAAACACGCUAAUGACCACGGUGGAAGGCAGAACGGUUACUCAUCACGGGCAAUGGGACGUGGAGGCGCCGAGUACGACAGCUGCUCGUCCUUCAUGAGCAGUGAGCUGGAGUCCACUUCUUGCUUUGAUUCAGAGGAUGACGACGCAACCAGCAGGUUUAGUAGCUCCACUGAACAGAGCUCUUCUCGUCUAAUGAGACGACACCGCCGUCGCCGACGGAAACCCAAGGCCUCCAACAUGGACAGGUCGUCGUCAUUCAGCAGCAUCACAGACUCCACCAUGUCUCUGAACAUCAUCACCGUCACCCUCAACAUGGAGAAGUACAACUUCUUGGGCAUCAGUAUUGUGGGUCAGAGUAAUGAGAGGGGAGAUGGAGGAAUCUACAUCGGCUCUAUCAUGAAGGGAGGAGCUGUGGCUGCAGAUGGACGCAUAGAGCCUGGAGACAUGCUGUUGCAGGUGAACGACAUCAACUUUGAGAACAUGAGCAAUGAUGAUGCGGUUCGAGUACUGAGGGACAUAGUGCACAAGCCAGGCCCCAUUACUCUGACUGUGGCCAAGUGCUGGGACCCGAACCCACGGAGCUGCUUUGCUCUGCCUAGGAGUGAGCCAAUCCGGCCCAUUGAUCCAGCCGCGUGGGUGUCUCAUACCGCGGCUAUGACCGGGGUAUACCCUGCAUAUGGCAUGAGCCCCUCCAUGAGCACCGUCACCUCCACCAGCUCCUCCAUCAGCAGCUCUAUCCCCGAGACUGAACGAUUCGAUGACUUCCACCUCUCCAUCCACAGCGACAUGGCAACAGUUGCUAAGGCCAUGGCCUGCCCAGAGUCAGGUCUGGAGGUUCGAGACAGGAUGUGGCUCAAGAUCACCAUUGCUAAUGCUUUUAUCGGUUCUGAUGUGGUGGACUGGCUCUUCCAUCAUGUUGAAGGGUUCUCAGAUCGCCGUGAAGCCCGAAAAUACGCCAGCAACCUGCUGAAGGCCGGCUACAUCCGACACACCGUCAACAAGAUCACCUUCUCUGAACAGUGCUACUAUGUUUUUGGAGACCUCUGCGGCAACAUGACCCACUUGUCUCUCCAUGACCAUGAUGGUUCCAGUGGGGGAGCCUCAGAUCACGACACUCUGCCCCCUCUGCCACACCCAGGGGCAGCCCCCUGGCCCAUGGCUCUGCCCUACCAGUUCCCCAUUCCUCAUCCUUACGACCUGUCACAGCCCUUCCCCGGUGGACCAGGCGCUGGCAGUGCAGGAAGCCAGCACAGUGGAAGCAGCGGUUCUAACUGCAGCAAGAACGAGGGUCGGAAAUCUGGCGGCAGCGGCAGCGACGCAGAGAUCAGGAGCCACCGAGCUCCAAGCGAGCGCUCGGUAGCUCCCCCUAGUGAGCGAAGCGUCCGUAGCUCUGUCAGCCACCGCAGUGUCAACUCCCAAUUAAUAGCCUACGGGCCAGGCCUCGUUUACGGCCCCCCUGGCCUGCCCCCCCAACCCCCACAUCUGUCUACAGCUGCCCCCGGCGCCCCACCAGGCAGGGAGCUCGUCUCUGUGCCCCCCGAGCUCACUGCUUCACGGCAGUCCCUGCGAAUGGCAGUGGGCAACGCCGGAGAGUUCUUCGUUGAUGUGAUGUGACGCAUGUUAUAGGCCGAUCAAAGAGUAGCAGAUUGGGCUUUCUCAUGUCGUUACAGGGCUGAGAAGGAUGGCAUGACAGGACGGAAGGAAGUGAAGAUUGCAAAAGCUGUAACCCAAGGCCUCGAGUCCACUUCCUAAAAGCAGAAAUGGAACCAAUCCUGUUUUGUAUGCUGAGAGAAAAUGUCCCUCCUCUCUUGUGCUUUUCUUCCUAGUAGUAGUGGCCAUACUUUCUUCAGUGAAGAAACCCCUUCGCUCAAGAUGGAACCAAAGCGCCUUUCUCAGUUUCCGCUCCUCGGUGGGGAAGAGUUUGUGUGAGGACAAAAGAGCAAGAGAAGGGAGGGAGACGGUGGAAACAGACAGCUGGGGGAGAUGACUCAGCGCUUUUCUACAUGGAUGUUUUUCAUUUGUUCUUCUCUUCACUCUUCCCUCCUCUCUGCUUUCCUUAUCUAACAUUCUCUGUCCUCCCCCACCCCUGUCCACGUCCAAAAACUGAGCGAGAAAAAACCCUCUUCCCUCCUUCUGGUUCUUACAAUUCCCACUUGCUGACCUCUAACAAGAAAAAAAAAAACCCUGAAAGAAAGCUGAAAUGAACACUAACUGUUAACCUUAUUCAGACUUUUUAAACGUUUGCUUGACUUAAGAGAGAAAGAAAUGGAAAAAACUGUAUGUAGUGCAAGAGAAUCACAGUCCUUCUUACUGUAAGAAUGCAUUUGUUUUAUUAUAUACGUAGUUGGUCACAACUAGUUUCAUUUUACAACGCUAAACAUCCAGCUUCAAGAGUCAUUUUUACACUACAUAACUGCGUUUUCAUCUGUUAACCAGAGCAUUUUCAGUCUCUGUCUUGUGAUAAUGUAUAGUGGAAAAAAAAAUUCUUACCAUGUCUUUCACACUACUCUUUUAUCAAGGAAAAAUGUCUUUUUAUUUAUAAAUAUAGUUUUAUGACUUAA